AUGGAUGCACAUAAUGGAGCUGUUGCGGCGAUAGCUGAGCAAGUCCGUCGGUUCCAUGCCAACCGCACCCCUUUUCGCAUCUACCAUGGCUCCACAAACAGCACACGACCCCUCAGCUUCCAGCGUGACAAGCUCGUUGAUACCAGCUCUCUCAACCGGGUGCUGCGUAUAGACAAGCAGGCGCGGACGGCGCUGGUGGAGCCCAACGUCCCAAUGGAUCAGCUCGUAGCUGCAACGCUGGAAUAUGGUCUGGUGCCGCCGGUGGUCAUGGAAUUCCCGGGGAUUACGGUUGGGGGUGGAUUUGCGGGGCUGGCUGGGGAAAGUAGCUCGUUUCGCCAUGGGAUGUUUGAUGAAGGGGUGAAUUGGAUUGAGGUUGUGAAGGGGGAUGGAGAGGUUGUUAUUGCCUAUUCUGCUGGUGGUGGUGCUGAUGGCAACGGGAAGGGAAGUGCGGAUAGGAGAACAGAUCUAUUUCAUGGUGUUAUUGGGACGAUGGGGACGUUGGGGAUCACCACAUUACUUGAACUGCGACUCAUUGAGGCCAGGGCGUUCGUCGAAGUUACAUAUUGGCCUGUAUCCAGCGUGCAUGAGGCUGUAGAGAAAGUCCAGAUCGAAUCCACCCGGCCAGCCGGCCAGGUUGAUUAUGUGGAUGGCAUCCUCUUCGCUGCUGACAGGGGUGUGGUAAUCUCUGGCCGUCUGACGGAUUCCAUUACCUCUCCAGGCGGUCGGAUUCAGCGCUUCACACGCGCCCGUGACCCGUGGUUUUACCUGCAUGCGGAGGAAAUACUAUCUAAAUCAAUGCCAGGGACCCAACCAUAUUCACCCCGAGGCACCAUGCCAGUGGGAGACGCAGAGGCCGAUGAAAAGUCUCCUACAAUCGAAACCGUCCCCCUCACGGAUUAUCUCUUUCGCUACGACCGCGGCGCCUUCUGGACAGCCUCCUAUGCCUUCAAAUACUUCCGCGUGCCCUUCAAUUCCUUCAUGCGCUGGCUGGGAGACCACUUCAUGCAUACCAGAGUCAUGUACCACGCCCUUCACCGCAGCGGAUUUGCUCAGAAGUACAUCAUUCAGGACCUGGCGUUGCCACAAGGCCAGGAGGCGGAAGAGUUUGUGGAAUUUGUCCAGGAGGAGCUGGGUGACUGUUUUCCUCUGUGGCUGUGUCCUCUACGACAGCGGAAACGGAGGGGCGGGGAUGCAUAUGGCUUAAUACAUCCGAAGUUGGCUACAUCGCCAUCAUCUGAGGCAGGGGCUGGGAACUCCCCGUUAGGUGAAAUGCUGCUAAAUAUCGGCGUCUGGUGUCCCGGUCCGACUACACACGAAGCCUUUGUCAAGGUCAACCGUGCGAUAGAACAUAAAGUUCGGGCGCUGCGCGGGACCAAAUGGCUUUAUGCUCAUUCUUAUUAUACGGAAGAUGAAUUUUGGGACAUCUAUGAUCGAGAGUGGUAUGUGGCGCUGCGCGAGAAGUAUGGGGCUGGGUAUUUGCCGGAUGUAUACGAGAAGGUUCGGGUUGAUGUUGAACGGGGGCAGGGGCAGGGGGAAAGUGUGUUGGGCAAAAUAGGAGUUUGGGUGUGGGAGAUUUGGCCUCUGGCUGGGGUUUAUGGGGUGAUGAGUGCUUUGGUUGGAGGCAGGGGAUAUUUGGUCGAGGCGGAACGGAGGGGAAGGAAAAUUGCAGUGGGGAUGGGGAUUCUGGGGAUAUUCUUUCUGUUGCGGCUGUGGGUCUUAGGUGCAAUUGACUAG